GUCACGUGGUGGCGCGGCUCCAGCUCCACUCGCAGCCGCCAUGAUGGAAGGGAUGGACGACGGCCCCGACUUCUUGUCAGAGGAAGAGCGAGGACCCAGACCAGUCAAUGUGGAUCUCCAAACAGAUGGCACUCUUCAGGUUGAUAUUUCUGAUGCUCUGAGUGAAAGAGAUAAAGUAAAAUUUACAGUCCACACAAAGAGUACGUUAUCUAAUUUUAAACAGAUUGAAUUUUCUGUUGUUCGGCAACAUGAAGAAUUUGUCUGGCUUCAUGAUGCUUUUGUUGAAAAUGAAGAGUAUGCUGGCUACAUUAUCCCACCAGCACCACCAAAGCCUGACUUUGAUGCCUCCAGAGAUAAACUUCAGAAGCUGGGGGAAGGAGAAGGAUCCAUGACCAAGGAAGAAUUCACAAAGAUGAAACAGGAACUUGAAGCUGAGUAUCUGGCCAUAUUCAAGAAAACGGUUGCUAUGCAUGAAGUCUUCUUGUGCCGUGUGGCAGCACAUCCAAAUCUUCGAAAUGACUUGAACUUUCACGUCUUCUUGGAAUAUAAUCAAGAACUGAGUGUUCGUGGGAAAAAUAAAAAGGAGAAAUUGGAAGAUUUCUUUAAGAAUAUGGUAAAGACAGCUGAUGAAGUGAUUGUGGCAGGUGUCAGGGAUGUUGAUGAUUUCUUUGAACAUGAGAAGACUUUCCUUUUAGAAUAUCACAACAGAAUAAAGGAUGCGGCAAUCAAGGCAGAUAAAUUGACAAAGUCACACAAGAGCGUGGCAGACAACAAUAGUAGAAUUAGCUCAACAUUGUAUUGCCUAGGAACUCAAGAUUCAACAGAUAUAUGCAAAUUUUUCUUGAAGGUAUCAGAAUUAUUUGAAAAAACAAGGAAAAUAGAAGCCCGAGUCUCAGCUGAUGAAGACCUAAAGCUUUCUGACCUUUUGAGGUAUUACUUGAGAGAAUCGCAGGCUGCUAAGGAUCUUCUUUAUAGAAGAGCAAGGUCAUUAUUGGAUUAUGAAAAUGCAAACAAAGCUCUGGAUAGAUCAAGGGCUAAAAACAAAGAUGUGUUUCAAGCUGAGUCCAACCAGCAGUUAUGUUGUCAAAAGUUUGAAAAGCUUUCAGAAUCAGCGAAACAAGAACUUAUAGACUUCAAAACCAGGAGAGUUGCAGCAUUUCGAAAAAAUCUUGUAGAAUUGGCAGAACUGGAAGUGAAGCAUGCCAAGGGACAUUUACAGUUGCUGCAGAGUUGCCUUGUAGGACUAAAAGCUGACUCUUAACUGCUUUCUGAUUCUUGCAUUAAUAAGGGCUGUGUACAUCAAGGCUACAAGGAAAACAAACACAAUCAAGCUUUCCGGCUCCCUGGAGAAGACAGGAAGGAAGUACAUAUAUAUCAUACGUAGACAGUACUUCAUCUGACCAGAAAAGACACCUUUGCAGAGAAAAUAUUUUUUAAGAUGCCACACAGCACAUGUAAUGUGUUUGGUCAUUUGUUUUAAUUGUCCAGGAACCAAAAUAUUUUCUUUUGUGGCAUUUGCCAUGUUUUCUUCACUAUAUUGUAUAUUUGGUUGCUGAUUUUAAUUCACUUUUACAGUAUGAAAUACUUAGUUAUUUUUAAAAGUUCAAUGGUGCCAUUGGAUAUGUUCAGAAUAUUGCCAUGGAAUGCACUGUACACAAUCAUUGUUUGACAUUUACUGCUGUUCAUCAUCCUAACCUGAUUAUUAGUAUUCAUUUUUAUAUUGAUAAGUUACGUCUUCAACUAAGAUUUAUGUUAUAAUUUUUUAAAGUAUAAUUUCUAAAUAUUUGCAUAAAUGCAUCAGUAUAUUUGCCUUAAUUGUGUAGAAUGAAUCUUAACCAUUGUAAAAUAAACUGAUAAACUAGUGAUUUUAAAUUUUUAUGUUUUUUUCAUAUGCUUACUAACUUGUUUAGUACCUAAAAGUCUUAGUUGUCUCUUUUAAGUUCCAUUGCAUUGGUAAUUUAGCUUUGUUUAAAAAGGACCGUUUUUAAAAAAAAUCAAGAUACUCAGACUCGCAGAGUGCAUAUUGUUUCUCCAUGGAAACAGUGUGACUUUAAUGGAAACAGUGUGACUUUAGUUAAACUAAACUGGACAAUUUCAUUUCUAUUUCACCCCAUCUCCUAUCUUGCCACUGUCAUUUUCAGCAACUCAGCCAAGACCUGGGACGGUUAUAGGUGGACUUGUGUAAUAGGCAAGAGGCUUUUGGUUGGGAAUCCAGAGUUAUACAGCUUGCUUUACCAAUCUUUAUUAGCAAAAGUAGCUGAUGUAUAGAUUGCUAUUCUGUAUAGCAAUAUUUUUGUGAUUUUUGCUUCGUAAUGUGUAAUGAUGUUGUAUAAAUUGUUAAACUAUUUUGGCUUUUAAAGGGGUGCUAUGCCUUGACUGGUCAUAAAGAAUUGCAGCACCAAAUAUAUUUUUAAGAAGUACCGUAGCAUUCCUAUCGUAACAUUAUUUUGCUGGGAAUGGCAGUUUAAUGUGGUCGGGCAGGCACCCACCAGCAGUUUCCAGGUCACUACAUGAAAUAGUGAGCGAUAUAAUCAUCGUUGCAAAUACCACUCUGCCUGAGAGAAACUAUAAGGCAGGACUUCCCUGAGCUGGUGGAAUGGUGGAACUUUUUUCUAAAAAAAAUAAUAUGCAUAAAUUUCAAUAAGAUGAAGCAUAACACUUUAUAAUUUAAGGAAUCUCUCAAUUCUUUCUUUGGAUUGUUUUGUUUUACCUGAAGAAAUAAUGUGCUGUGAAGGAUAAGAAGCCUGCCCUCCAAGGGCUUGACUUUCUUAACACUUAAAAUAGAUAGUUGUUGGCAGUGACUGGUGCACACCUUAGAGUUGCACUGCCAACAACUAUCUUAUUGCCACAAGAGAGAGAGGGAACAGAUGGAAACUUAUGGUGCCUUACUUCAAAAUACAUUCAAAAAAUGUAUUAACUAAUCUAAAAUGUUCUAUCUGUACCCUAAUAUGUGUAGUUUUCCACACACCACAUUAUCCAUAAAACAACAUUUUAAUGGGUUACAAGAUCAAAAGGGAAUUUUGUCUUGCACAACAUAAUUUCCCUUGAUGCAGCCUUUAUGUGAUGAUUAUUUUUUGUUUUCACCCAGCUGUAACUUCUGUUUUCAUGUAUGAAUGAGGAAAAUCUUUUUGAUUGUAUUUUGUGUAGUGCCAGUUGAGCCAAUAAGCCUUAUGUAAUUUGGUACAUCCAUUUAGUACAUUCAUUCAGUAAUCAAUGAAUUAACCUCAUGCUCUGACUUUGAAAUGCAUGUCCAUUGUAACAUUAGUUGAGGUCUAUUAACAAAUUAUUUAUUGCCAUAUACAUUUUGACUUUAUCCAUUAAAUGUUCAAAGAAAACAUACUGAGAAGGAAACGCCAAAAAUCUUGACAAAUUGUUGAAACUUUAAAAUAACUUAAGUUACUUCUGUGGCCAAGUGAGAGUCGGCAAGUCUUCAAUUUUCUAUGAUAAAACCUAGCCACCAAGUCCCAAUAAAAUUGGUAAUUAAUUUCAUGGCUGUUUGUGGGACAUUGCUGUGCUCAAAUUUGCCUACAACAUGCACUCGCUAUAUACAGUAGAUCCUGUGACGUGCUUUGAAAUGUCUUGCUCACAGUUGUUCAUCAAAUUCAAGGUUUUUUUUUAUUUCAAUCUAUUCCUGCAAAAAUGUUUAGUUGGUAUUCAUUAGACCAACAAUAACUGCUGAUUAUAAAUACAUUUUUCCUUGAGUGUUAGAAUGUGAAAUCGAACGUACUCCUGAACAAAGCCGAGUUAGGAUACAAAUCAGUCAUAAAGUACAAAAAUACAUUGUAAUAUGGACUUGCAACUAAUUCUGUCUGGUCUCAAGUACAGAUGGAAUAUAUGCUACAUUAGUUUUCAACAGUAAUGUCUGACUAACAUUUAUAUCUCUUUAAAUAACAAAAUUAACAAUUGUUUGAACUGAACAUCUGUGCAGUGUAAUAUUUAUGCUCCAACAAGUUUUAUGACAAACCAUUUCUGUGCUGUAAAAACAAAUCCCAAGGGCUUCUUUAAUGUCACUUUUUGCGUUUUGUGGUGCAUGUAGUGCAGCUAUUUCCAAAUAGGCCAUAUGCCUGGUAAUACAAACAUCAGGUACACUAUAACUUGCACUAUGUCCUCAAAUUGUUUGAUCCUUUUGCAUUCAUUGAGAAUCCUGUAUUUGUUUGAGAAUUUAUUUGAGAAUCGUUUGUUUAUUACUGAGCCUGUUUCUGACAAUGGACAGUGAAAUGAAAAAGGGAUAGUUUUCCAACAUAUGUCAUGUCAGCUCCCAAUAUUUUCAUGAUGGUGAUAUCGCAUUGUGUACUAAUUAAUGUAAUUUUCUUUUUGAAAUUAUAAUAGUUAUUGGCAUCUUA